AUCAUGUCCAUGGGAAGUGACUUUGGGAACCCUUUACGGAAAUUCAAACUUGUUUUUUUAGGGGAGCAAAGCGUUGGAAAAACAUCAUUGAUAACGAGGUUUAUGUAUGACAGCUUUGACAACACUUACCAGGCAACAAUUGGGAUUGACUUUUUAUCAAAAACCAUGUACCUGGAGGACCGAACUGUGAGAUUACAGCUGUGGGACACUGCGGGCCAGGAACGCUUCAGAAGCCUCAUUCCCAGUUAUAUCCGUGACUCCACCGUAGCUGUGGUGGUGUAUGAUAUCACAAAUAUAAACUCAUUCCAACUAACCUCGAAAUGGAUUGAUGAUGUCAGGACAGAGAGAGGAAGUGAUGUCAUUAUUAUGCUAGUGGGUAAUAAGACAGACCUGGAGGAGAAGCGGCAAAUCUCUAUUGAGGAAGGUGAGCAGAGAGCCAAAGAACUGAAUGUGAUGUUCAUUGAGACUAGUGCUAAAAGUGGUAGCAACGUUAAACAGUUGUUUCGACGAGUGGCAGCUGCCUUGCCUGGGAUGGAAACAUUGGAAGACACCCACAAGGAAGGCAUGAUUGACAUUAAGCUGGACAAACAGGCAGAGCCCCCAGCUACUGAGAGCAGGUGCUCCUGUUAG